AUGCUCCGUUUUCCGGCGCUCGGCGCUGCCCGCGCCGCCGCAGCUUCCGGUGUGCGUACACCCGGGCUCUCGCCGGCGCUGCAGCAGCCGCUGCAGCGCCAGCAGCAGCAGCAGCAGCAGCAGCAGCCGCUGCAGCAGCAGCAGAAGCAGCAGCAGCAGCCGCUGCUGCAGCAGCAGCUGCAGCAGCAGCGUGCCGCUGCUGCUGCUGCAGGUGUUGGUGCGCUUCCGCGCUUCGGCGCGCUCUGUUUCUCCACCGCGGCGGCCAGCAGCAGCAGCAGCAGCAGCAGCAGCAGCAGCAGCAGCAGCAGCUUGAGCAGCAGCUUGAGCAGCAGCAGCAAGUUCAGCCGGCACAGCGUGGAGGGCCGGUACGCGCAUGCACUGUUUGCUGCCAGCAGCGCAGCAGGAAAGCUGGAAGAGGUGCAGCAGGAGCUGCAGCAGCUGCUGCUGCUGCUGCAGCAAAGCCCCGACUUCGCAGCUUUUGCUGCUGCUGCAGGGCUGGCAGCAAACUCCCAACGCGCCGUGCUGCAGCAGCUUGCUGCUGCAGCAAAACUCUCCAACUGCAGCAGCAACUUCUUAUUUGCUGCUGCUGCUAACCGCCGUUUGCAAAACUUAAAAAACAUCAUUGCUGCUUUCGACGAGCUAAUGCCCUAA